CUUGGAUACAUCUGUAUUCUUGAAGCUAUGGGAGAUGGGAGCAGCAACGCUAUAAUUAUCACCACUGCAGUUUUCUUCGGGGUUUCACUAGUCACUGUCUGUCUCCGCUCUUUUGUUCGAUUGAAAGUUGUAAAGUCUUUUGGACCCGACGAUGCGUUGAUGAUAGCGGCAGCAGCUUUUAAUAUGGCAUUCGCUAUAUGCGGAAUCGUGGGCGCCUUGUAUGGGAUGGGAAAGGCACCGGGGUUUUUAAGUCAUAGACCAGACGACGUUCGCCGCGGCUUAUUGUGUUGGUGGUUAGGACAGAUUUUUUAUAUAUUUACUUGCACCAUUGCAAGACUAUCUAUUGCUACUACUCUUCUUCGUCUUGCGGUCAAGCGCAUCCAUUUGUGGAUUUUUUACGGUAUUAUGGUGCUUUCGACAACAGUGGGUACCAUUUUUCUUUUCUUCACAAUCCUCCAAUGUCUGCCAGUCGCAUACUUUUGGAAUCGAUCAACAAUCAAAGGCCGAUGUCUUGACAUAGACAUACUUCUUGGUAUUGUUUAUAUGUAUAGUGGGGUGACGGCAGCAUGCGAUUUCACCCUUGGCUUCCUACCUGUUUCAAUGAUUUGGGGUCUCCAAAUGAAUCGUGGAAGGAAAUUUGUUGUGUCGGCAAUUUUGGGACUUGCUUGCAUAGCUAGCUUGGCUGUCAUAAUCCGCAUCCCAUUUUUGCAUUACGCAGGAAGACCAGACUUUCUUUACGAAACAACACAGAUUUCCAUAUGGUCAAACGUAGAAGCCAGUCUAGGCAUAGCUGCCGGUAGCCUAAUGAUGGUUCGGCCGUUGCUUCGGUUUUUAAUCGCUUCUUUUCCCAUGCUGAGCAGUUGGUCUAGUGGUGAAGAGCUUGGAUCGCGUAGGAAACGCCGACUUCCUUCUCAUCAUUAAUCCGCAGUCUCAUCCUCUGUGCCGGCCGGCUCUUAGACUCAAGCCCGACCACUCCAGCCAUAAGCCUGCAUAAGCCUGCAUAAUUAUAUUCAAGUGGUUUGCCCUGGGUGCCCUGGAUAGAGUGGUGAGCUGCCAAUGCCCGAACCAUGGGCGCUAGGUGCGCACCACCUUAGACAUGCUGCUGUAUGUUUUUACUUUUUAUUUUAUGAUUUGUCGGAUUUAGCAACCAGGCCAUAUCGGUUUCAGGGCUCUGAUAUCUAGGCUAUUAAGCAGGCUUGAGG